AUAAUUGCAUUAGUUACUCCACUUUUAUUACCAAUCAGGAAAAUUGUUUCAGCUUCCUUCUCUCUCGUGGCUAUGGCGGACAAGGACAAGGGCGAAGAAUCUCUUGUGUAGCUAGGGUUUCCACGCCCGGGCGCCUGUUCACGCGAAGAUUUCAAAGCCGCGCAAGUGGGAGCAGCGGCUGAAUUCGUCGUCGGCAGCAGCGGCGCUAGACGGCGCAUCGGUCGAUCAUCGCGGGAUUCGCUCAAUCAGGUUUCGCUCAUCCUUCUCUCGCCCGCUCCUCGCGGAGACUGUGCGUGGAAACUUUGUGUGUCUGGAGCUCGUGAUGUCAGCGUGAGGUAGCAAAUGUGAUGGCUUGGGGGAGGGAUUUGAAGUCAAAAGGGUGUCAAGUAAUUUAAUCACACAGUGCUUCGCGAUUACAACUCUCUCCUCUCCGCUCUCUACAGUCGCUAGCGAUUUCUCCCAUCGGCAGGGAGCUGGGAUGAAGAACACUGGGCCGCGAGAAUUAUGAGACCAAGAACUUCCAAAGGAGGACAUGGAAUUGCGAAGCUCUUGACGUUGGAUUCGUGGGGAGCAACAGUACAUGGAGCAAUUGCUGGGUGCCAUUUGUAGGGACUCCAAAAUCGGCUCUGGAGUUUAUGAUUCCGCCUCCUUGAGUCAACAAGACUCCACCGUCUUGAACCAGUCAGCCGCUUUUAUCACCACUGUCGUAGAUUGUUCAAGCAAGGUUACAUCGGUGGCCUCGCAGUUGCACCGAUCGGAAGACGCGCUCAUGGCCGAUAGCAGUCCGCAGAAGGGAAAUUCUACCGACGAUGGCGAUCAAAAAUCCGAGGAUGGACCAUUAACUCCAUCGUCCACCAAAAAUCUCGACUCAAAGACACUUCGACGUCUUGCACAGAACCGCGAGGCCGCGCGGAAAAGCCGCUUGAGGAAAAAGGCUUAUGUACAGCAACUGGAAUCCAGCAGGGUGAAGCUAAAUCAACUCGAGCAAGAGCUGCAACGAGCCAGGCAACAGGGAUUCUAUCUUGGAGGGUAUUCAAACGAUCAGAGUCAUGCGGCGGCGAGCAGCGGUGCUGCUGCGUUCGACAUGGAGUACGGGCGGUGGCUGGAGGAGCAACAGCGACAAAUGACCGAACUACGAACGUCAUUGCAAGCUCAUGUCUCGGACGAUGAGUUGCGGGUCCUGGUUGACGCCGCCAUGUCCCACUACGACGAGAUAUUUCGGCUGAAAACAGCUGCUGCGAAGUCGGAUGUCUUCCAUCUAGUCUCCGGUAUGUGGAAGACCCCUGCCGAGAGGUGCUUCAUGUGGAUGGGUGGAUUCCGGCCUUCAGAACUUCUAAAGAUACUUAUACCUCAGCUUGAACCCCUUACAGAACAGCAGCUCAUGGGGAUUUGUAAUCUACAACAGUCGUCGCAGCAGGCCGAGGAUGCUCUCUCCCAGGGGAUGGAGGCACUGCAGCAGUCACUCGCGGACACUCUGGCGACUGGCUCCUUGGGCGCUGCGUCGAAUGUCGCCAACUAUAUGGGACAAAUGGCGAUGGCGAUGGGAAAGCUGGGAACGCUCGAGAACUUUGUUCGCCAGGCUGAUAAUCUUCGGCAUCAAACGCUCCAGCAAAUGCACAGGAUAUUGACGACUCGUCAAGCGGCGAGAGCCUUUCUAGCGAUUGGAGACUACUUUGGACGAUUGAGAGCGCUGAGCUCAUUGUGGGCUGCCAGGCCACGAGAAUAAGUCCCGAGUAGGAGGUAGGCUUACGCAAAUUCUUACGCUUUUUCCUUUUCUUGUGCCUGUACAAUCGGUAGUGGAGCAGCCUAGCGAUAGCAAGCAGUAGACAACUCUUUCCAUAUUGUAAUCCUUCCAUGUAAAUAUAAGGUAUGCUUAAGUUUCUCUCC